AUGGGAACAGUACACGCUAAGUCUGCGCACGGCGACAGUGUGGGCGAGGUGGGCGGCGGACUGUUUGAGUUCGAGGAGCCGCUCGAGAUGGACGACGAGCCCAUCUCCAAGCCCACCAUCAAACUCAAUGGAGUGCGGGCUCGCGUGGACCGCGUGCACGUGGACGGUCUGAACCGCACCAAGGACGACAUCAUCCGCAGCACUGUCGACGACCUGUUCCACGCGACCGACUUCGAGGAUGUCAUCCUGCGAGCGCACAAGGUGCGGCGCGCUCUGGACGCGAUGGGCUGCUUCCGCGACAUCGGCGUGUUCAUCGACGUGUCGUCGGGGCCCGGCGCCACGCCCGAGGGACUCGAGGUGACGUUCCAGGUGCGCGAGCUGUCGCGCGUCGUGGGCGGCAUCAACACCACCGUCAGCGAGAACGAGGGGAACCUGGUGCUCGGCGUGAAGAUGCCGAACGUGCUGGGCCGCGGCGAGCGUAUAGCCGCGGAGUACAGCAUGGGCUACCGCUCGUCGUCCAACUUCAGCGUGGCGGCCACCAAGCCGUUCCCCCAGAAGCCGCUGGUGCCAGUGCUGACGGGCACGGUGUACCAGCAGAACCACGAGUACCCGUGGUCCGGCUACAGGCUGCUGGACCGCGGCGCGCUGCUCGACAUCGCCUUCAAGACGUCGCCCGCCACGCACCACAACGUGCAGUGGGAGGGCCUGGUGCGCGACACGUCCGUGCUCAGCAAGACGACGUCGUUCAAGGUCCGCGAGAGCAGCGGUCCGCAGAUGAAGUCGAUCCUGCGGCACGUGGUGAGCGUGGACCACCGCGACGAGGCCAUGUUCCCGACGCGCGGCACGUGGGUGCAGUUCACGAGCGAGGUGGCGGGGCUGGGCGGCGGCGUGGCGCACGUGCGCACGGAGCUGCUGGCGCAGGCCAACCGGCGCCUGGCGCGCGACCUGGUGCUGCAGGCCGCGGCGGCGCUGGGCGUGCUGCACGACGUCUUCGGCACGGAGCUGGCCGACCACUUCUUCCUGGGCGGGCCCACGUCGCUGCGCGGCUUCCGCCAGCGCGGCGUGGGCCCGCACUGCGAGGGCCAGGCCACGGGCGGCCGCCUGUACUGGGCCGCCGGCCUGCAUCUCUACGCGCCGCUACCCUUCCAGGGCUCUCGCACAGGCCUGGCGUCCCUGUUCCGCUCGCACCUGUUCGCUAACGCGGGCUGCCUCGCCAUGCCAGAGAACUCAGGCCUAGAGUCUCUGGAGUCUCUAAAGCUGGUUCGCGUGUCGGUGGGAGCCGGGGUGGUCGUGAGACUGGGGCGCGGCGCGAGACUGGAGCUGAACUACGCGGUGCCGCUGAGGGCGCAGCCCCACGACGUGCACGCGCCCGGGAUACAGUUCGGGGUCGGCGCCAACUUCCUCUAG